AAUUCCAGGUUCAUACUUAUUAGAUAUACCAUCAGGUCUAAAGUUCUGUUAAAUAUUCAAGAACCACUUAAAAAUACUGCACAAAACCUUCUAUCCGGGAAUGCGUUAAAUUUUCGAGUGAAAUAUAUCCAUCUUGACUAUUCCAACAAGAUUGCCCAAGUCAUUCCUAUAGCAGAGUAGAAAACUUUGAAUUGAUUCAGAAUUGUCAAAAGGGGCAGCCGCCAUAGAGGCUUGUAGCAGAGAGCGCUGAAAUUCGAUCUGCAUUAAAUAGCGACAUUAUAAUAAUCUCAAAGGUAAAAGUGUUAAAUUUCACAAACAUCUAGAAAAGGGAGCAAAAAGAUCACCUAACAAUAGUUGGCUUAUCUGUCAGAUCAGUGUUCCUAAACACACUGCGGUUCAGAUUCUAAACCUGAGUUUUACAUCAUUAGACGCCGGCAGCCAAUUGGGCCGUCUGGUUGCCGUGCAUCCUGGGAGCUGUAGUUUCCGGCUCCCUCCUCCUGACUCCAAACUCCACCGAGCAGCUGGAGGACGGUUGCUUGGUAUUAUUAGCAAGCGGGAAGUAUGGCGGUGGCGCGCGUCGACCCGGCUUUGCCUCCUGGAGAAGGAUCAGUGGUCAACUGGUCAGGACAGGGGCUACAGAAAUUAAGUCCCAACUUACAUUGUGAAGCUGAUAUUCAUACUUUGAUUCUGGAUAAAAAUCAGAUUAUUAAAUUGGAAAAUCUUGAGAAAUGCCGACGAUUAAUACAGUUGUCAGUGGCUAAUAAUCGUCUGGUGCGAAUGAUGGGUGUGGCCAAACUGACCCAACUCAGGGUGUUAAAUUUGCCUCAUAAUAGCAUUGGCUACGUGGAAGGGCUGAAGGACCUAGUACAUUUGGAAUGGCUGAAUUUGGCAGGAAAUAAUCUGAAGGCCAUGGAACAAAUGAGUAGCUGCACAGCUCUACAACACCUUGAUUUAUCAGACAAUAACAUACCCCAGAUAGGUGAUCUAUCUAAAUUGGUAUCACUGAAGACCCUGCUUUUACAUGGAAACAUCAUCACCUCUCUUAGAAUGGCACCUGCUUAUCUACCCAGAAGUCUUGCUAUACUUUCCUUGGCAGAAAAUGAAAUUCGGGACUUAAAUGAGAUCUCUUUCUUGGCAUCCUUAACUGAAUUGGAACAGUUAUCCAUCAUGAACAAUCCUUGUGUGAUGGCAACACCAUCCAUUCCAGGAUUUGACUAUCGGCCAUACAUUGUCAGCUGGUGCUUAAACCUCAGAGUCCUAGAUGGUUACGUGAUUUCUCAGAAGGAAAGUUUGAAAGCUGAAUGGCUCUACAGUCAAGGCAAGGGGAGAGCAUAUCGUCCAGGCCAGCAUAUCCAGCUUGUGCAGUAUCUGGCUACUGUCUGUCCUCUAACUUCCACACUGGGUCUUCAAACUGCAGAGGAUGCCAAACUAGAGAAGAUUCUGAGCAAACAGAGGUUUCACCAGAGACAAUUGAUGAACCAAAGCCAAAGUGAAGAGCUAGCCUCUCUUGCUCCUGUUGAAACAAAAGCACCCCUUGUACCUGAGCAUUCAAGCCCUGUUCAAGAUGGCCAGAUAGUCCAGGAAAGCGAACCUGUCAUCCAAGUCAAUUCUUGGGUUGGGAUUAACAGUAACGAUGAUCAAUUAUAUGCUGUUAAGAAUAACUUUCCAGUCUCUGUACACACUACAAGAUAUUCUCGAAAUGACCUGCACUUGGAAGACAUACAGACAGAUGAGGACAAGUUAAACUGUAGUCUUCUCUCUUCAGAGUCCACUUUUAUGCCAGUUGCUUCAGGACUUUCUCCAGUAUCACCUACAGUUGAGCUGAGGCUACAAGGCAUUAACUUGGGCCUAGAAGAUGAUGGUAUUGCAGAUGAAUCUGUGAAAGGGCUGGAAAACCAGGACUUUAAUAAGGAAGAGGAAAAGGCGUUUUGGACUACAAAUGAGAAUUCUGUUCAAAUGAAGGAAAGUGUCAUCACUGCAGAGGUAAAUGAGAAAGAUGCGCUCUUAUCUUGUCUGGAGCCAACAGUAAUUAGUGCUGUCUUGAAGGAUGACGCCCGUGGUCUUACAUCUUUUCCUGAGUCAGUUGGACACAGUGUCUUCCAUACACAGCCAGGCAGUGGAGAAACUGUAGCUUCAGAGAAACUUCCCUGUGGGGUUUUAACCCAGACGUCUGUUGCUUUGGGACAAGAUAAAGUUGCCCUUCAGAAAUUAAAUGAAGCAGCCACGAAACUUCAGGCCUAUUGGCGGGGCUUUUAUGCCAGGAACUACAACCCCCAAGCUAAAGAUGUGCGUCAUGAAAUUCGGCUGCGCAGAAUGCAGGAACACAUUGUUUGCUUAACUGAUGAAAUAAGGAGAUUAAGAAAAGAAAGAGAUGAAGAACGUAUUAAAAAAUUUGUACAAGAAGAGGCUGUCAGAUUCCUUUGGAACCAGGUAAGGUCUCUACAAGCUUGGCAACAGAUGGUGGAUCAGCGUCUAAGUUCCUGGCAUACUGAUGUUCCUCCUGUAUCAAGUAAUCUAGUGCCUUCUAUUCAUCCAUUAUUCACCCAAAGUCAGGAGCCCUCUUCUGAUCAAAAUUCUCAUUGGUUCAUUGCUCCUGAUGAGGCUCCUCAAGAGAAAUCUUUACCAGAAUUUCCAGACUCUGGUUUUCAUUCUUCCCUAACAGACCAAGUUCACUGUUUGCAGGAUUCUCUGGAUUUUGAGAAAAGUUCCACAGAAGGCAGUGAAAGUUCCAUAAUAGGGAAUUCCAUUGACACAGUCAAAUAUGGCAAAGAGUCAGAUACAGGGGAUGUCAUUGAUGAACACAGUGAAUGGAAUAAGGAAAGCUUAAACAAUGAGCAGGAUAAUAGUCUACUUGAGCAGUAUUUAACUUCAGUUCAACAGCUAGAAGAUGCUGAUGAGAGGACAAAUUUUGAUGAAGGGACAGGAGAUAGUAAGCUUGACAUACCUUCUUCCCCUGAAAAGUUAGAUGCCUUGUCUGAUGGUGCUUCUGUAGAUGAUACUCAUGGCCUAUCUCCUACUUUGCAAGAUGAAAUCAGCCAGGCACCAGAAAAUUGUAAAUUAAAUGCUGAAGUUCAAGGGCAACAGUCAGACUGCGAUUCUAAAUUUCAGGUAUUGCAUGUUGGUAUUACAGUGUAGCAUGUGUGGUUGCUUGGGAGGAGAAAGUUUCUUAAGAAUUUCAGUUGUCUUUUUUUUUUUUUUUUGUGAAGGGGAAUAUCACCCCACUUUUCUUACUAUUUAUAUAGAAUUUGUAUUCUUAUCUCAUGUUUUCUAUAUUUCAGAGACUGGGCUGAAUCUUCAUUUUGAUUUUAUUAGCUAUUAGCUGUAAUCCGUCAAACAAUAUUUAUGUUGAAAGCUAUAUGCACUUUAUUUCCUAAUAACUGAAUUGCAUCAACAGUGUUCUUGUUUUUUAAUGUACUCAUUUCCUUUCUAAAAUAAACUAGAAUAUCUUUCAAGAAAAUAGAACAGUUUACCUUAAAGAUAUAAAUAAGAGAAGUUAGAUUUUUCUGUAUGUGAGGAAAUUAAUUAUGCAGUAAGGAAUGCAACUUGUUAAAGUGAGUGUAGAUGACAAAUAUAAGGACUGUGAACUAUAGAAAUUUUUCCAGCCUCCUUGGAAUAAGAACAUAUAUUUUUAAGCCUUUUGUCCUCCCUUAUGAGUCAAGAAAACCCUUCUUAUGAGCAAAUAGGGAGAAAAGGUAAGAUUAUAGGAUUUUUCAGAGGAAAUGAAUAUAAUUAUCUCAUGGAAAACUUUAAUGCCAUCUGUCAGUUUUAACAUAUGAAGUAAAGUGUUCCAUUUGGAAUUAAAAUCAAGCUUACUUAAAGAGGCAUGACUAGAAUAUCUCUUAGAUGUGGAGAAAGCAGAUGCUAGGCUCCAUUUGCUUGGAAUAAUGUCACAGCAGACAUUAUCUUUUCAUUCAGUGCUUUUUUACCCUACAGAUAAGAUGUGCCAACUUCCUUGCCAGAAAUUAACGUAUGUUCAUCUUCUCUGACCCUGCAUUAUAUUUGCUUAUGUAUUUCAGCAGAAGGUCCAUGGCCAUUUACUUCAUAUUUUGACCUCUGCUUCACAAUGAAGAACAUUUAAAAUAAUAUUAAUGGUAGAAUAUGACUUUUUAAAAGGACUGUUUUCUAUCCAAAUCUCUGGAAAAGUGCCACAUUUGGAAGGCAAUUUAGUGGUGGUUAAAAAAAAAAUAAACCUCACUUAUUUCUUGUUAAGAAUAUAUAUCUGUAACUUCAGGAAGAAAUGAUAAUAUUGUGUUGAAUGUUAUUGAUGGAUGCAUUUGCAAAUCAAGGAAGCUUAAUAAAUUAAUCUUUGAGAAUGUUGUAGUAUCAUUGAACAACAUAUAUCUGAUUUCCCCUAAUCUUUGGACAUACAACUAUUUAAAACUAUGGCAAUACUUAAGUGUUCUAAAUUUAGGUGCUAAAUAUCUAUUCAUUUUUCUGUUACAGUCACUAGAUCCCUUUCUUCAAAGUUAUAUAAAAUAAAAACUUACAAUCCUUUAAGAAUAAAGUUGGGGAUCACAUGUUAUACUUUCUUGAUAGCUAGAAACAUUUCUCCGGUAUGGGUAAGAUGUAUUUUUUUUGGUUUGUAAAUAUGUAGCACUCAGGUUGAGAAGACUUAGAUUUCAUUCUCAGAAAUUCAGAGUCUCUUGAAAAGGAAAUAUUUUCUGUCUCUUAUAAAUGAAACAGCCGUCUUACAUUCAAAAUUUUCCGUACUGAAGCAUGUGUAACGUUGAAUGCACAUUAAAUAAAAAUAGAAUUUUUUACUUUUUGAAUAAUGCUAAUUAUCUUUUAUGAAUGAUUUUGAAUUUCUUCUUAAAUAUACCCUAUUUUUCUAUUUUACAGUUAAGUGCCUCAUUUGCUGCCCAUAGUUAGAAAAAACAACUUGCACUGCACUAAAUACCAAAGUGCUGAUUUAUGGUACAUUAAUUUCUCAUAAAAGUCCCUAAAAUUUUGUGGUUCAGUAUUACCUAAGUAGGUUUCUGCUGAUAUCUUCUCCCUCUUUUUCUAAGAAACGGCACAAUACAACUAAAUUCAUUUGAAUAUUAGUGUUUGUCAGCAAGAUUUCCUUUUUUAACUU